AUGCACGACAAUCGUUCCCACCCGCUGCUUCAGCAGGUCCCGCUGACCGUGUCGCCCUUUGUAAACCUCCCGACCGCCACGACGCUGCCCUACACAUACAAGAACAUGCCCAACACGCUGCCGCCGUCAGCGUCGGGGAUAGUGGCUGCCGCCGACGUUGGCGGGUCGUCGUCGUCGUCGUCGUCAGGGGUGCCCGGCGCAGACGGCUCGGCGCGGCCCAAGUACGUGGUGUCGUCGUCAGGGCACGCGGCGCAUCCCGACGACAUCAUCGCGUCGUGCCGCGCGCUAGCGGCACACGUGGCCAAGCUGCAGGCCGAGACCGAGGCCGAGCUGCGGGCUCUAGACGAGCGGAUCCGCGCGCGCGAGCUGGCCGAGAAGCGCCGCCUGGCGCCGGGCUGGCUCGACAGCGACGCGCGGCUGCUCGAGCCCGAGCGCGCUGCGAACAAUGCCACGCCGGUGCCGGCUCUAGCGCCAGGCCCGCCUUCUUCGUCGUCGCUGUGGGGCCGCGAGCUUGCGGCUGGCGAAGACACUGCCAUGGCCGGUGUCUCGCAACAGCAGCAGCAUCAUUACCACACGCCGGGCCAGUUUGCUCCCAUGCCAGGCUUUGGGCAGGAGGGGCACGGCCCCGGCGGCGCGAGCGAGAUGGCGGUGCCCGAUGAGGGAGAGGAACUUGAUCGCGCUUUUGGGGUGUUAACACUGGGACAGAGAUGA